AUGCCUGGCAAGGCCACCCCCACCCCGCGCAUCACCAAGUUCACCAACUGCCGCCUGGUGCGCGGUUCAAGCCUGGUUGAGCAAGAUCUCUGGAUCGACUCUCUGACCGGCAAGAUCCUCAAAGACCAAGAGGCCUUCUAUGAACUGCACCUCUCUCCGGAUGAGAUUAUCGAUCUCGGCGGCCGCAUCUUGGCCCCCGGCCUGAUCGAUGUGCAGCUGAAUGGCGCUCAGGGCUUCGACUUCUCCGUCCCUUGCGACACCAAGGAGGAGUACGAUGAGGGCCUCCGGAUGGUUAACCGCGGCCUCGCCCGUACCGGUGUCACCUCUUACUUGCCAACUCUCGUCAGCUCCACUGCGGAGGUUUAUCACAAGGUCCUACCCUCCCUUGGACCCACGGGUGCAACUCACCAACCCCAAGAUGGAGCUGAAUCCCUCGGCGCCCAUGCCGAAGGUCCCUUCAUCAGCCCCGGGCGAAACGGCGUUCACAAAUCCGAAGUCCUCCGCGCAGCCCAGACGUUUGAGGACCUCAUCACCUGCUACGGGAAGGACAACUUGAGCGCCGGUAGCCCUAUCAAGAUGAUUACCGCCGCGCCCGAGGUCGGAAACAUGAUGGCCCAGAUCCCGGAGAUCGCCAAGAGAGACAUCAUCUACUCGAUCGGCCACUCGGAUGCUACAUACGAGCAAGCCAUCUCGGCCACUCACCAGGGCGCCCGCAUGAUCACCCAUCUGUUUAACGCCAUGCGCCCCUUCUACCACCGCAACCCGGGCAUCUUCGGUCUGCUCGGCCAGUCUGAGCGUCGUCGUCCCUUCUACGGUGUUAUUGCUGACGGAAUUCACCUCCACCCGACUUCAAUCAAAAUCGCUUACAAUGCGCACCCGGAGGGUCUGGUUCUCGUCACUGAUGCGAUGCGCCUUUGCGGUCUGCCCGAUGGUACUUACGAGUGGACUAAUGGCGAGCGCAUUGUCAAGACCGGUGCGCGGUUGACCCUCGAGGGAUCUGAUAAGAUUGCUGGUAGCUCGGCGACGUUGAUUGAGUGUGUGAACAAUUUCCGCCGCUGGUCCAAUUCUUCGACGGCUCAGGCGAUCAAUGCUGCCUCGGCCGUUCCCGCGCGUUUGCUUGGUCUGCAGGGUGUGAAGGGAUGCCUUGAUGCUGGCGCGGAUGCGGAUUUGAUCAUUCUCAGUGAGGUCGAUGAGCCGGAUUCGGGACCCACCCUGGCCGUUGAUCAGGUUUGGAAGUUGGGUGCUAAGAUCUUUGAUAAGGAGAAGGAGAAGGCUGUUGCUGUUUAG